ACCCGAGGCAACAGCAUGGCAGGUGCAGAUCUGUUCUACGCCGCCGUCCUGGGCUGCAUCAGCACGCUCGGCCUGCCUCUCAACGCCCUGGCGCUCUGGAUCCUGCUCCGUCACCACAACCUCAAGUCGCCCAGCGCCGUCUUCAUGGUCAACCUGGCGAUCUCAGACCUGCUGCUUGUCAUCACCUUGCCCUUGAGAGUCUACUUUUACGCCACAGGUGAAUGGGAUCUGGGAAACACGGCGUGCCUUCUCAGCACAACGGUCUUUCGCAGCAACAUCCGCUCCAGCUCCAUCUUCAUCACCUUCAUCAGCGUGGACCGGCUGCUGGCUGUGGUUUAUCCUCUGAGGUCACGCCAUCUCCGGAGCCCAUCCAAUGCUGUGAAAGGGGCCGUGCUCGUUUGGCUGUACGUGGUGGCGAUGAGUAUUCCUGAGAAUCUGAAUUACGUAAAGAAUUUAAGGAACCAAAGCAACACUUGUUUUGAAUCCACGGGUAACCAAACAAAGCAUUCACUGACUUCCUAUAUCACAACUUCAUCAAUCUUCCUCAUGCUGGCAGUCAACAUCGUGUGCACUGCAAUGGUAUUUUGGACUCUUCGCAAUCAUAUCAGUGACUCUGCAAAGGUGAAGAACAAGAUGAAUGUCAUGGUCCUCUUUGUCAUGAACAUGAUCAUGUUCACGAUAUGUUUCCUCCCCCUGACGCUCGGCCUGAUAUCAGUUAAGAUUAUUCAGCUCAGGCCGGUGAUCUGCCUUGCUUCAGCCAACUGUUGUCUGGAUCCAUUGUUGUAUUACUUUUCCCUUGAUGCUUUCUGGAAGAAAGGAGAGGACGUGGAAACGACAAGAGGACAGAAGUCAAACGACUCACAGUUGUGAUGAGGCUUCAUCAGCGAUUGGAUUUUACAGUUGACCCUUGACCUUUUUUGUUUGUUCCUUGUUUGUCUGAGUGGAGCAUUUGGGGGCAACUUCAAAAAAGAGAUUCUUGUUUUUCUUUUUCCAAACAAAAAAACAGCUUUUUCAGUAUAAUGUUAUUGAUGAUUGUAAAUAGAGGGAGAUAGUCUGUCUAUAGGUGAGUUAUGCUGGGAAUUACAUUCUAUUUUGAUAAUCAUACUACCGUAUUUUCUGGACUAUAA